ACAAAUAUUUUUCCAUCGUUUUGAUGUGUGUUUCAUGUUUUGUUUAUCAAACUUCUGGUGACAAUGGCACUGCAGGGAGGGGCACGAAGAGCAUAUUGAAUUGGACGAGCUAGCUUUGAAAGAAGUGGUUUUCUACUUCUUUCUCAUAUCUAAGGCAUUUCUGAUAGGAGUCCUAUACUAAAAAGAACAUGGACUCCAAAAAUCCCAUGGAAGGUCAGUUCUCCAAGCUACAUCCGUGCUUGCCUGUGAACACAAGAAUUGGGAUUGUAGGUGGUGGCCCAAGUGGUUUAUCAGCUGCUUAUGCAUUGGCUAAGCUUGGUUACAGUAAUGUGACCAUGUUAGAGAAGCACCAUACUGUUGGUGGCAUGUGUGAAUCAGUCGAAAUUGAAGGAAAGAUCUAUGAUCUGGGUGGUCAAGUUCUUGCUGCAAAUAGUGCUCCUGUCAUCUUUCACUUGGCAAAGGAGACUGAGUCUGAACUAGAAGAAAUGGACUCCCACAAGCUUGCCCUCAUUGACAGUUCUACAGGGGAGUAUAGAGAUAUUAAAGUUGCUGAUGAUUACCUAUCUGUCAUCUCACUGACCUUGGAUCUCCAGGAUAAAGCAAAAAACUCAGGUCAAAUUGGGGUCCAUGCUGUAAGUGAAUUUGCUUCAGACUUAACCCCAGUGUAUCUUGAGGGUCAUGGACUCAAUUCUGUUCCUAAAUCUGUGGCUUAUGGAUAUACUGCAUCUGGGUAUGGCUUUGUUCAAGACAUGCCUUAUGCCUACAUUCAUGAGUUCACUCGUACUUCCAUGGCUGGGAAGAUUCGACGAUUCAAAGGUGGAUAUACAAGUCUUUGGGAGAAGAUCAGUGAAUCACUUCCAAUAGAAGUUCACUGCAAUACCGAAGUAUUGGAAGUCAGACGCAACACUAAUGGUGUCACUAUUAAUGUUGAAAACUGUGGAGAAGUCAAAACUAUGGAGUUUGAUAAGAUAAUCAUCUCUGGUUCAUUUCCUCUAAAAAUUGGAAGAACAUACAGGUCACCAAUCUCAAAUACUACAGAAAGUGAAACAGAAGUAAUGGAUAUGGAUGAUCUUGAAAAGGAAUUGUUCAGCAAAGUACAAAUAAUUGACUACUACACCACAGUUUUGAAGAUAAAAGGGCUAGAACAUAUGCCUAUUGGAUUUUAUUACUUCAGUGACUAUAUAGAUGAUCCUGCAACAAUUGGAAAUCCGGUUGCAAUGCAGAAAUUCUAUGCUGAUAGUGAUAUUUUUUUGUUCUGGUCUUAUGGAAACUCAGCUGAUAUAAUGGGGCCAACUGUCACUGAGCUUGCAAUCAAAGCAGUUAAACCUAUGGGUGGAGAAGUAGAGAAGGUGGUUCUACAAAGGCGAUUCAAGUACUUUCCUCAUGUUUGCAGCCAAGAUAUGAAGGAUGGAUUUUAUGAGAAACUAGAAUCUAAAGUUCAGGGAUGGAAAAACACUUACUAUGUAGGCGGGCUUAUGGCAUUUGAGCUUACGGAGAGAAAUUCGUCAUAUGCAAUGGCUCUAGUCUGCAAGCACUUUGCAAAUAACAAUUCUUUGCCAAUGUAUCCUUAUGUUAAGAGUAUGUUCCCCUCGAAAGCAAGUUGCAAGGAAAGGAAUCGCAAUGAAUUAGGCGAGCUUCCAGGAGUGGAGUUUCCUGAUCUGUCUUCCCUUGAUGGCUAUUUGAAGCACUGGGGAACUCAUGGAGUCACUCAAAACAAAACCCUAUAUACUUGGAUUAAUGAGGAAGGUGCAAUGGUUUGCCAGAGGACUUACGCAAAACUUAAUGCCAAUGCUUCUUGCAUUGCUCAUAAGCUCUUGACAAAUCAAAAACCAGUUAUCAAGCCUGGUGACAGGGUUCUCCUAAUCCAUGUCCCCGGUCUAGACUUCAUUGAUGCCUUCUUUGGAUGCUUACGAGCUAAAGUCUUACCAGUUCCAGUUCUUCCCCCAGAUCCUUUGCAGAGAGGUGGGCAAGCACUUUUGAAAAUUGAAAACAUUGCUAAAUCAUGUGGUGCAGUGGCAAUUCUAUCAACCAUUGGUUAUCACUCAGCUGUUCGGGCAGGUUCAGUGAAGAAUUUGAUAACAUUGACAGCAAAAAAUGGGAAAUCCUCAGCUCAUUGGCCUAAUCUUCCAUGGUUGCACACAGAUUCUUGGAUUAAAAACUCGAAGAACUUGGCUUUGGAAGAUAUAGCUGAUCAAUCUGAAUCUCAACCAGGUGAUUUAUGUUUCCUCCAAUUCACUUCGGGUUCUACUGGUGAUGCCAAAGGAGUCAUGAUAACACAUGGUGGGCUCAUUCAUAAUGUAAAGUUGAUGCGAAGAAGAUAUAACAGCACCUCGAAGAUUGUACUUGUAAGUUGGCUUCCUCAGUACCAUGACAUGGGGUUGAUUGGAGGACUAUUUACAGCUCUUGUCAGUGGUGGAUCCGCAAUUCUAUUUUCACCACUAACAUUCAUCAAGAACCCAUUAUUAUGGCUUCAAAUCAUGAGCAAAUAUCAGGCUACUCAUAGUGCUGGCCCCAACUUUGCCUUCGAGCUAAUGAUUCGAAGAUUGGAAUCUGACAAAGGAAAGGUUCAAAACUAUGACCUUUCUUCCAUGGUUUUUCUCAUGGUUGCUGCUGAACCAGUUAGGCAGAAAACUCUGAAAAGAUUUGUUGAAAUUACUCGUCCUUUUGGCCUCUCUCAAGAGGUGAUGGCUCCUGGAUAUGGCUUGGCAGAAAAUUGUGUUUUUGUUAGUUGUGCCUUUGGGGAAGGGAAGCCCAUUUUCCUUGACUGGCAAGAAAGAGUUUGUUGUGGCUAUAUUGAUCCAAAUAAUGCAGAUGUUGACAUCAGAAUAGUCAAUCCAGAGACUAGCAAAGAACUUGAAGAAGACGGAAAGGAAGGAGAGAUAUGGAUUAGUAGUCCAAGUGCAGGAAUUGGGUACUGGGGUAGGGAAGAGCUGAGUUGCAACACUUUCAGAAAUGAGCUUCAGAAUCAUCCUGGACGUAAAUACACUAGAACCGAAGACUUGGGACGAAUAAUUGACAAAAAUUUGUUCAUCACUGGAAGAAUCAAGGAUCUUAUCAUUGUAGCUGGAAGAAACAUUUACUCAGCAGAUGUAGAAAAAACAGUUGAGAGCUCAUCUGAACUUUUACGCCCAGGUUGCUGUGCUGUCAUUGGAGUUCCGGAGGAAGUCCUGUCAAAGAAAGGGAUUUCAGUUCCAGAUGGGUCUGACCAGGUUGGUUUGGUGGUAAUUGCAGAGGUUAAAGAUGGUAAACCUGUUGGUAAGGACGUAAUUGAUCAAAUUCAAGCUCGUGUUGCAGAAGAACAUGGUAUCAGUGUUGCUUCAGUCAAGCUUAUCAAACCCAAAACCAUUAGUAAAACAACAUCUGGGAAAAUAAAGAGAUUUGAAUGUCUCAAACAGUUUGUUGAUGGUACUCUAAAUAUAGUACCAGAACCAAGAUUGCCAAGAAGAUCAUUGGUCCAAUCCUUCACCACAAGAACUUGUAGGGAAGGAAAAACACCUAGGCCUGAGCUAGUGAGAAGUUCUCCUCUAUCAAGCCCCAAACUAAGUAAUAAGGAAAUUGUGGAGUUCUUGAGAGGGCUAGUUUCUGACCAAACUGGUAUUCCAGUCAAUAACAUCUCUGCCACUGAGAACCUGGUUUCUUUUGGAGUUGAUUCAAUUGGUGUGGUCAGAGCUGCUCAAAAGCUUUCAGAUUUUCUAGGAGUGCCAGUUGGGGCUGUAGAUAUCUUCACUGCAACCUGCAUUUCAGACUUGGCAAGUUUCUCAGAAGAGCUUUUAAAAAAGUCUCAGCCUCAACUAAUGAGCUCUCCAUCUUAUGCUCUAGAAACUGAGAUUGAUUCUAUUGAGCUGGAGAUGGAGAUAUCAAAAUCUUGGCAAUUGGUAAUCUGGUUGUUCCAACUUCUGGCUCUCAUUUAUGUUACUAGCAUGCUGGUCUUUCCUGCUUAUUCAUCAAUAACUUCUUUCACAAGUUUCACCUCGGCGAUCCAUAUAACAACAGAUGGGAUUCCCUGGUUGCAUUAUUUGUCUUGCCUGACUUUAGCUCCUCUUGCUUGGAUCCUUUGCAUAUUUUCCACUUGCAUUUGUAUUGCAUUCUUUGGGAAUUCUUUCUUAAGACCAAAUUAUGUCUUGACCCCUGAAAUAUCCAUCUGGUCAAUUGAUUUUGUUAAGUGGUGGGCACUUUACAAGGCUCAAGAAGUUUCUUCAAAAGUUUUCGCAGUACAUCUAAGAGGAACAGUAUUUCUCAAAUACUGGUUUGAGAUUCUUGGAGCAAGAAUUGGAUCCUCAGUUUUGCUUGAUACUGUUGACAUCACAGACCCGUCUUUGGUUUCAAUUGGAGAUGGAGUUGCAAUUGCAGAAGGGGCUUUAAUUCAAAGCCAUGAGGUAAAGAAUGAAGUCUUAAGCUUCCUUCCAAUUAGAAUUGGCCGAAAUUCUUCGGUUGGUCCUUAUGCUGUUAUCCAAAAAGGAGGCAUUUUGGGAGAAGAGGCUGAGUUACCACCCUUGCAAAAGAUUGAAGGAGGCAAGCCUCUACUCAAAUCUGCUAAGGCUAAUAAGGGUGCUGUGUCCCCAGAUUUUGCUAGUAAAACUCAAACUGACGCCAUUUACCACUUCAUUGGCAUCUAUGUGGUUGGAUUCCUCGGCUCUCUCUCUGCAGCUAUUCUCUACUUUCUCUACAACUGGCUAUCUCAAACACCUCCCUCCUUUCAACACUUUGCAUUCUUUUGCAUAGCUGGAAGCUUCCACUGGAUGCCAUUCACCAUCUUUGCAUAUGCCAUGGUCUUUGCUGAAGCCCCCUCAAACUCAAUUAGCUUUGCUAUCUCAAUUGCAUUGGCUUACUUAGCUCAUGGCAUGACACUCAGCUUCCUCACAUGUGCUUCGACUCGUUUACUCGAUAGUAAACAAGAAACAAAACAGUCCCACUUGAAAACUUGGCUUCGCCAUCGAAUUACCAUUGCCUGCCACCUUAGAUUUGCCAAGCUCUUGUCUGGAACAGAAGCCUUCUGCAUGUACUUACGCCUUUUGGGUGCAAAAGUCGGGAAGCAUUGUUCUAUCAGAGCUAUUAACCCAGUGUCAGACCCACAGCUAGUUUCAUUAGGCAAUGGUAUCCAUCUUGGUGACUUUAGCCGGAUCAUUGCUGGGUUUUAUUCCUCCAGUGGGUUUACUCAAGGGAAAGUUGAGGUGAAAGAUAACUCAGUUAUUGGGAGUCAAAGCUUAGUUCUCCCUGGUUCAGUUGUUCAAGAAGAUGUUAUCCUUGGUGCACUGUCAGUGGCUCCUACGAAUUCAAUACUCCAAAAAGGUGGUGUUUACAUUGGCUCUCAAGCUCCCAUCAUGAUUAAGAACACUGCUCGUGGUUUGGAUGAAAGGAUAGAAGAAAUGGACAUGAAAUACAAGAAAAUAAUUGGCAAUCUGGCUGCAAAUUUGGCUGCCACAACUCUGAAGGUUAAAACAAGAUAUUUCCAUCGAAUUGGUGUUGGAGGGAAGGGACACUUGAAAAUAUAUGACAACAUUAAAGGCUUACCGGACCAUAAGAUCUUCUCUCCUGGAAAGAGCUACCCUGUCAUUAUCCGACACAGCAAUAGCUUAAGUGCUGAUGAUGAUGCAAGGAUAGAUGCACGCGGCGCAGCAGUGAGAAUACUUUCAGAUAAACCCGGUGAUGACUCCUCACUCCUUGACUUGACACUAAAAUCAGGCAAUGCAUUUUAUGCACGCACUAUUGCUGAUUUUGCAACAUGGCUUGUGUGUGGCCUUGCUGCGAGGGAGGAACAUGUCAAGCGAGAACCGCAUGUACGUGAUGCAAUAUGGAAUUCCCUCCGUCACGCUAACUCAUAUGCUGAGCUGCAUUACUACUCCAAUAUCUGCAGGUUGUUCCGGCUUGCAGAUGGACAGGAAAUGUAUGUGAAAUUCAAGUUGAGGCCUUACGAUGAGACUAUUGGUGAGGAUUCUGGUAAGGUUGAGCCUACUGGAAUUCUGCCACCUGAAACAGGAGCAAUUCCUAGGGAUGAAAAUGACACUCGCCCUUUACUUUUCCUGGCUGAUGAUUUCCAUCGUCGUGUGAAUUCGCCUAAUGGCAUUCAUUACAUUUUCCAACUGCAAUUCCGGCCAGUUCCACACGAUGAGUCCACCCGCGACAUAGCACUUGACUGCACCAAACCAUGGGAUGAGGCUGAUUUCCCAUGUAUUGAUAUUGGAGAGAUUAGUAUUGAUCAAAGUCUCUCUAAGGAAGAAGCAGAAGGAUUGGAGUUUAAUCCUUUUCUUCGAUGCCAUGAAGUGGAUGUUAUCAAGGCUUCUUCAUGCUCCCAAAGCGCUUCGAUUGAUCAUGGCCGUUCAUUGAUCUAUGAGAUUUGCCAGCAUUUGAGAAAUGGUGAACCUCUUCCAGAGGCAUGGAGGAUCCUUCUAGAACAAUCUGAUGUCAAAGUAGACCUUUCUGGUUGUCCAAUGGCAGCAGCAUUGGAAAAGAAAGAAACAAAAACAGUGGCCCUUGCUAGGACUUGGUACCAAACCUUGUGGGUUAUUUUUGCUCAACCAUUACUACAAAUAGUAUUUCCUUAUUUCAUGAUGGGUUUAGUAAUCUUUGCUCCUCUGAGCUUGAUUAUGAACUUGAAGGAUGCCAGGAAACUUUCACUGCAUUGGUUACUUCCUUUGUUUUGGAUAUCUUCGGGGCUUUUGGCUGGACUAGCAUGUGUUGUGGCAAAAUGGGUUCUUGUGGGAAAGAAGAAAGAAGGUGAAACAGUGACGAUUUGGAGUAAAAGGGUGUUCAUGGACACUAUAUGGCAAGCCCUUAGAACUUUAGCUGGUGAAUAUUUCAUGGAAAUGACAAGUGGCUCUAUCUUGUUUGUACUAUGGAUGAAGCUUAUGGGUUCAGACAUUGACAUGGACCAAGGGGCUUAUGUAGACAGCAUGGGAGCUUUGUUGAAUCCUGAAAUGGUGGAGAUUGAGAGAGGUGGAUGUGUGGGAAGAGAAGCUUUACUAUUUGGACACAUAUAUGAAGGUGAAGAAGGGAAAGUGAAGUUUGGGAAAAUCAAGAUUGGAGAAGAUGGGUUUGUUGGAAGUAGAGCUGUGGUCAUGCCCGGGGUGAGAGUGGAGAAUAGGGGCACUCUCAGUGCUCUUUCCCUUGCCAUGAAAGAAGAAAUUGUUAAGUCAAGGUGAAGGGUCUUUGUGCCAUCUUCAUAUGACAAGUAGUAGCCCUUUCAUUUUUACAAUAUAUAUAUAUAUAUAUAUAUAUAUAUUUGUCUGGCUAAUCCCUCCAAUAAAUUGCCAGCAUAAUAGAGAAUAAAAGUUUAGAUAUAAACUCUCUCUCAGCAUUGGUGUGUUGGAAGAAAAUUUGAAAUAGACGAGUCUCAGCCUUCAAAUAAUAAAAAAUUUAGUAGACAGUUUAUUAAU